UACUGUUCUGGGAAGGAGGACUGGGCAUCCAGGGGGUGGUUGACAGGGGAGGAUGGGAUUGCACCGCUGUGGGAAGUGCUCCUCCAGCUCUCUGAAUAGUGAGAGAGGGACCUUGGGCAGAAUACACAGCAGCCCAAACAGAAUGUGGGAACAGGAAGUCAGUGACAGUGAGACGCAGCCACGGGACACCCUCAGGACCUGGUGCUCAUCCAGCCGCCCUGCCUUGCCUGACAACCCCAGCACUGCUCUGGCCAUGGUGUGAAAGCUUGAUAGACACUCAGCAGCUGCACUGUGCCCAAUAAUCUGGAGCAUUUUUCCAAAGACAUAGCCCAGCAUGGUGGCACUGCCUGUGGGAAGAGGCAGAGGGUGAACCAGGAACUGUCUCCCAGGCUCGGAGGAAUCUGAGGUGAGAAGAGACGGCAUCAGAGGUCCCGGACUCUGGAGUAAGUGCGAUGAGACCGAGGGUCCAUAACAAGGACUCCAUGGUGGAGGAAGCUCAUGCCUGUGAGCUGAGUGGGGUGGGAGGGACCAAGAGGACAAGCAGGAGGAACUGCGGCCAGGGAGAACCACCUUGUGGACAGUCUGCGGCUGCCUGAGGACUGGGCUCACUGGGUCUGAAGGUGGCAUUGCCCAGGGUUAGGUGCCAUCCUCUGAGAGGGUGGGGAAGCCACAGGGGCAGACCCUGCAGGUCUUGACCCCAGGCUGGCCAUCAGGGUCCCUGGACAGACAUCUGACUCCAGGGGUCUGGACUCAGGCCAUCUGGCAGAGCUCCACCCCCUCUGAAGAAGAACGUGCACCAAAUUCUGCAAACCAGCCAUUUCCAGGAAUGGAAACCGAAAGCUGCUCCGUAGCCGUCCCCUCACCGUGGGGGAAGUGGGGGAAGCAGGCAGUGCUCAGAGCUGAAAGUUGAAGGGUGGGAGCCAGGGCGGCCUGUGGAGCAGGGACGGGGAGGAACCAGGAGCCCAGGCUGCCCGGCUGCUGCUCCUCCUGUCCUCCUCCUCCUCCACUCCCUCCUAGGAGGACCCCAGCUCCCCACACCUGCUUCUCUCCGUCCUGAACAUCGUGGGCCUGGAUUCCGGCUUUGGAAGCUUCUGGGCAGAUUGCGUCACUGCUCAUCAUCAUGGAAGGGGCCUAUGUGUCCCCUCAGGCUGAGUCAUCUACAUGCUUCACAGAUUCUGUAGUCAUUCCGGAAGAUAGCAAUAUUUUAUCAAAAGAAGUCAUCAAGAGUAUUGAGAUGGCCGUGGAAGCAGGGAAGCUGCUGAACGUAGCCCUGGUGGUCAAGGAGGUGAUGCAGAAGGUGUCCAGCAUCUCAGUGAGCAUCGCUGUGACGGGGGACACGGGCAACGGCAUGUCAUCCUUCAUCAACGCGCUUAGAGUCGUUGGACAUGAGCAGGAGGACUCAGCUCCCACGGGGGUGGUGAGGACCACCCAGCGUCCAACCUGCUACUCCUCCUCCAGCUUCCCCUACGUGGAGCUGUGGGACCUGCCUGGCCUGGGGGCCACAGCCCAGAGCGUGGAGAGCUAUCUCGAGGAGGUGAAGGGCAGCCAGUACGACCUCUUCAUCAUCAUCGCUUCUGAGCAGUUCAGCUCCAAUCACGUGCAGCUGGCCAAAGCCAUCCAGAGGAUGGGAAAGAAGUUCUAUGUGGUGUGGACCAAGGUGGACAGAGACUUCAACACAAGUGCCCUCUCAGAAUCCCAACUGCGGCAGAAUGUCCAAAAGAACAUCUUGGAAAACCUCCAGAAGGAGGGGGUGAAGGGACCUCCCGUAUUUCUGGUAUCUAGCCUUGAACCUUCAUCACAUGACUUCCCAAAGCUUCGGAAGAUGUUGCAAGAAAGCCUUUCCAAAAUUAGGUGUAAUGGUCUCUCAGAGACCUUUUUCCAAAUCUGUGAGAAGAUCAUUAAUAGUAAAGUACAUUCCAUUAAGAGGAGAAUAGACAUAGGAAGUCUCCCUGAGACAUCUGGUCACUCGAUGGAGAGCCCGACUGACUACCCAUCACUCUUUGGUGUGGAUGAUGAACCUAUCCAACAGGUGGCUCAGAGCAUGAACACAUCAGUUGCAGAAUACAAGGCUAUCCAGACGUGCCGUCAAGAUGGCUGGACGUGGUCUUGGAUGUGUCAUGUUACAACCAAUUUCUUCUAUACAACUCUCAGCUACAUGCCAUACUGUGGUGACUCUGGCACCUACUACCUUAGAUGUAAGCAACAGGAAAAACUAGUUGGUGAAGUUGCUGACAAGACCAAGAGGAUCCUGAGGAAAAUCCUGGAUGACUCUGUUGUCUGCCUCUCCCAGAGGCUCCAAGUUCCUUGAGGUUAAUAAGUGGACUUUUUUUUUUUUUGGUCUUUUUGAG